AUGGCGGUUCGUCUAGCUCAACGACGUAUUCUCUCUCUCCUUGCUGCUAAACUCCCCCAAAAUCCCCUCUCUACAGAACUCCACAGGGAUUUUCGUUUCUCUGCAAAUUCAUUCUUCGGCAGAUACGAAAAUCUUACUAGAAGAUUUCAGACGCAUGUAGAAGUCAGUAGGCCAACUGUUGAAUCUCCAGAGGAACUUGAAAAUUGCUGCUCAAAGGAUGAUGCAGAUGAAAUGAAUCCUGUCUCGAGUUCAAUCGAUGACGAGAUCACUGCUAAACACAGUGUGAAAUCUAACUUGAAGGUAUCUGAAAGACACGAUCUUGCCAUGAUUUUUACGUGCAAAGUUUGCGAUACCAGAUCUGUGAAGACAAUUUGUCGUGAAUCAUAUGAUAAAGGCGUAGUGGUGGCUAGAUGCGAUGGAUGUAAUAAUCUGCACCUGAUUGCUGAUCGAUUGGGGUGGUUUGGAAAACCUGGUAGCGUUGAGGAGUUUUUGGCUGCUCGUGGGGAGGAAGUAAAGAAAGGAUCAGUUGAUACUUUAAAUCUAACUCUUGAGGAUCUUGCGGGGAAGAAGAAUCUUGAAUUUUAA